CAUCAGUGCCGACAGCCUCCUAGUCUCCACAACUCCUGCUCGGUCCAACUCGACUUGACUCCUCUCCUGAAAACAUUUGACCUGUAGAGGAUUCAAAGAGGGAGGCGAGCUGGAAACCAUGAGCCACCUGAGUCCAGGACUUAUUGCAGCCUACAACAGUCUGACCGACAAACACCUCGCUGGAUACUUCAGCAACACUCGGAUCAGAAGACACUUGCACAGAGCAGGACUGAUCACCAGGAGUGGCCGUAUUGUUCCAGACAAAGAGUACAGACACAAGCUGUUCCAGAGAACCCACCAGAGACAUGUUCGAGAAUGCCUGGCCCAGGCCAUCUUCCACAAGGUGCUGGAGAUGGAGCGUCUCCAUCAAAUUGAGAUCAAAAAGAAGCUGGAGGAGUUUGGGAGGAGGGAAAGAGUGCACAAGAUCAAGGUGGAUCGCUCUCGAAGGUACGAAGAAGACAUCAUCCGCACCAUGUCUCCACGCCCACCCACGGGUGUCAGGGGAACCCGCAAACAGCACACUGGGCCAGAGGGGGAGCACUCCGAGUCUUCAGAGUCUCUGGGAUCGUCUCGACCCAACACGGCUCCAGGAAAGAUGCAGAGGCCUGUGCGUCUAAAGCCGAUCCACAGUUCCAGCACCACAGCUCCACUCAGACGCAGCUCCCCUUACAGACUCCUCGAGUCCACCAACGAGAACGACCAGCUGCUCAACUGCACCAUGGACAAGUCCCGGAGACGUUUGACCACAACCACAACGGAGACCUCCAAUGGCAUCUCGCCCUACUGCCUCCCAGUCAUCAACAAUUUUGUCACCCCAGUGCCUCCAGCCACAAAGAGAAAAGAGAGGGGGGUAAAGGUCACUCCCAGCGCCACGCUCAGAGGUCGCAGACUGCGCCCCACCACCGCCACCUGUGGAGCAGCCGACGUCAGUGAGGACCCCGCCAUGCCGAGGAGCUCUGUGCACCAGAGCAGGGUGUGUCUGAACAUGGUGUUCUUUGGCAAAACUGUUCAUCUCUCCCAUGACCUGAUCGACAUGAGGGACGAGGUGAAAGUGUUUCAGCAGCACUGUGGAGGAGAGAACCUGUGUGUGUACAAAGGCAAACUCCUUGAGGGAGAAACGUUUCAGUUCUUUUCACGGCGACACAGAGGCUUCCCCUUCAGUUUGACCUUCUUCCUGAACGGGCUGCAGGUGGAGCGACUGAGCUCCUGCUGCGAGUUCAAACACAGGAAAGGCCCCAGACUUGGCGGCAGGCACGGACACUUUGGCUUCUUCAGCGUAGAGGGGGCCUCACCCUGCUACAAGUGCAUCAUAGCAAUGGGAUUGGACAAAAAACCCACACCACCACCAAAGAGGGUGAAAGAUGAGGGGGGAGGAGGAGGAGAGGAGUCGGUCACCAGCCCAAAGGAUGGUCCUGAGAUGGAAACAGGACAGACUGGAGAGGAUGCCGUCUCCCACUCGGACUGUAAAACAAGUCAGCCACAGGACAUGAAGACUCAAGUCAAACAACCAACGUCCACCGAGGAGGACAAAGUCAAAGAUGAUUAUGAAGAAGAUUUUGAAGCAGACGACGAGGGCCCCGCUGAAGAGACAAAAGACAAAUCCCCUUCUCCAUCCAGUGAAAGCGAGAUGCAGGUUAAAGAGAGAGAAACCUCGGAGACUGAAGACGACGAGAAGGAUGACGACAUAAUGUCCCGUUCAGGCUCCAGCUGUUCAGGCAGCGACCGGGAGGCGAGCGAUGCCGAAGCCACAAAAGACUCCAGAGAGGACGAGAAAGCAGAGCAACCCGAAGAGGUUAAUCACGAAGAAAGCGUCGCUUCGCCACAAGAGGAAGAUGAACGGUAUCCAGGAGAAGCAGCUGCCGCCGAGGCCGAGUGCGGCGUGGCUAAAGACCCAGACUUACCAGUCAGUGCAGGGGACAGCACAGAGAUUGACAUGUGUGACACCAGCGUCCCCUCAGGUCAGGAGCACAAACAGAGCGACGACACCUCGGGAGAGAAAGACGCUGAGGAAACAGUGUGUGAGGGCGAACAGGAGGAACAGGAACAGGAGAGGGCUAAAUCUGUGCAGGAGAAGCUGGCAGAAGCAAUACUGAAGGAGUCCCAGCGCAGCUCUGAGCCCGAACUGAGCGACACCAGCACCGAGGAGGACGAGGAGGCCACAGAUAAAGGCCACGGACAGAAUGACAAUGAUGUUGUUCCAGAGCAGCAACAAACCUCAGUGGAGGAGACGAAAUGUGAGGAAAGUGUUGGUGAACUGCAUCAGGAAGAAACAUCUGAGCCAAAACAACAGGAGGAUGAAACUGAAAGAGAGUCUCAUGAGAACAGCGAUAGCCCUAAAGAUGAAAUAGAUGAAGAUGACGGAAUGCCUGCCUCAGAAGAAGAAAAACACAAGUCACAAGACACUGGUGCAGCCCUACAUCCCGAGUCUGAAGAGAACAAAACUUCAGAAUCUCUGGAAGAUGCAGGAGCUAAAUGCUCUGAUCCCGACGGCGCACCAAAAGAUGUAGAAAAUGAGGAGAAAACUGCAGAGGUAGAGGAGGCUGACUCACAGCCCGACGAGACGGAGCGAGGGGCGAAGAGCAGUGAGGCGGAUGAAUCAUCAGUAGCAGAGCCGGAUAAAAAGACAGAUGAGACACCAGUGUCAGAUAAUGCAGAGGCGAUGACAGCGAGCACGACAAUGGAGAUGGAAGCAGAGCCCCCAGAGGAGCGAGAGGCCCUCAGCUGUGAAGAGGCACCUGUAACUGACACAGAGGAGAGGCAGCGGGGAGACAGCACAGACACGACGGCAGCAUCACAACCAGAAGUCACAGCAGAGAAUUCAAGCAGCUCGCUGGAGGGCAGCGCGGACACCACGGUGGAAAAAACAGCAGAUAUGAGCGAGGACAAUGCAAAGGAUGAGGGCAGUGAAGAUGGUAUUAGAGAGGAGGAGGCAGAGGAAGCGUCAGCUUCAACAAAAACAAGUAAAGAUGGCAAUCAACAAGAAGGAGUAGGAGAAGAGAGGAGAGAAGAAUCUGUGGAAAUAAAUGAUGAGGUAGAGAGGGAGAAAUGUGCAGAGAAAAGAAAGGAGGCAGAAAACCAAACAGACCCAGAUGAAACACCAGAAGAAGAAAAUAGUGAGGAAAAGGGAAAUAAUGAAACAGUUAAACAAGAGGAAGAGGGGGAUGAUGAAAGAAGGACAGAGGAAAUUGUAGAAAAUGAGGAAAAUGUUGUCAAGGAAACUAAAACAGAGUCGAUCGCUGCAAGACAGACAAACGAAGAGCCAGCUGAGAAAACCCUCGACGAAGAAGACAAAGUUGCGCGUGAAGAGAAAGCUGCAAAAGAUGAGGAUAGUGAAAGUGUUGAGGAUAAAAAUGAUGAGAAAGAAUCUGAAGCAAAGGAAGCCAUGAAUGGCAAAACAAAUGAAGGUGAGGAAAUAAACGAGACAAAGGCAGAUGCAGAUGAAGAAAAGGGCGAGGGAGCAGGAAAAGACGACAACAAAGAUGAACAAAGUGAAUCUGAGAAAAAUAAAGAUGACAAAGAAUAUGAAGAGAUAAAAACUAUUACUUCUAAGACUGAAGAGGCAGAAAAAGAAUCUGAGGUUACUGAAGAAUCUGAGAAAAUGACUGAUGGUGAGAAUACAUCUAAUAAAAAUACAAUUGAGUCAGAGGACGUCGGUUACGGUGAAGCAGCAGAUGAAACUAAAACUGAGGAGAUGUUAAACAAUGUGGAGGAGUCUGAAGAUGCUGGGAAAGACACUGAAGGAACUAGUAGCAACAGUAAAAUGCGAGAAAUUGAUGCAGAGAAUGGGGAGAUUUCAACUGGAGCAGAGAGAGAAAGUCAUGAUGAUGAGGUGGAGGCUUCAGUUGAGGACAAGAACGAUGUGAAGACAACAGAGCACGUCGAAGACGAAGGAAAAACAGAGGCGGGACCGACUGAAGAUGACAGUACAGAGGUAAAAGAAGAAGAGUCUGGAGAUGAUACUGGAAAACAUGAUAAUGAUGAUGUGGAUCGGGCCCCUGAGACAGAUGUGGCAGAAUGUGAAGCGAAGCAAGACGACGACCACAGUGGUGAAAAACAUGAUGAAUCUGCUCAAAGGGUUUCUGAGCAAGACAUAGAAGAGAUACUUGAGACAGAGAUAACGGAGGAAUCUAAACCAGACGACCUAAAUACAUGCAGAGAGGACGGUGAGGAAAGAAAACAUGAUGAAAAUUGCAACAAACCCAACAUCAACAACGAAAACCGAGAUUCUGACUCAACCCAAAAUAGCGAUAAAAUUAUCGACAAAGUGAUAAUGGCUUCUUCAUCCGAUCAGGCGCAGUCGUCGACGCCGACAGAUUUCGGUUUAGGGGGUACGUCUCAAAAGCUAGACGAGUCCACUGCAACCUCUGAUGACAAUGCUGCCGCCGAUGGAGAAAACGGGAGAGUAGACACGGAGGAGGCGAGCAAGGCCUCGGAGGAAGGAGAGAGUGUGCUGCUCAAACCUCGAGCACAGAACGACGAGGCGUCCGACGCAGAGGAGAGCGUCGCGCAGGUCAAAGGAACUCCGGAGGCCCUGGCAGCAGAAGACAACACGGACCUGGUCACUAACUGGGUGGCCGUGCAUCAAAUGUCAAAGUAUUUCGAGACGUUCGUUGAACCUUUAGAAGACCUGAAGCAAGAGACUCCACGCACUGAAGUGUCCCGCUCCAGUAAAGAAGAAGAGGCAAAAUCAUCGGAGCUGCUGAGAUUGGAGAGUCCACUUAAGGUGGCGAAGAUGUCCCAAAAUGAGCAAAUGCAAAAAGAUGAAAGUGAGAAAAUGGCCGCAGAGUCCGGCCUUGGGAACAGACACUCUGAAGAUGGACCUCAUGAGAACGACGCUGCCAAAGACGCACUCCAAGAGAAGGAGGAGACUGAGGUGGAGGACUUCAUACUGCAAACAAACACGGAAGACAACGAUGAAGAGUCUACACACGGGCGAAGACAAGGAAGCCAGGGAUCUGUCGAGGAAGACAAGGUCAAAGGAGGACAAACGCAGGGUGACAUUUCCAAAACUGAAAUGGAAAGUGUUGCAGGUACUCGUCUUUCUGUGGUCAGUGGGAAACCUGAGAGUGUGAAAGAGAAACUUCGUGAAGCGUCUGGCGAUGAGAAACAAACCGCAAAUGAAGAGACAGAGAAUCUUUUACCUCCGUCCAAAACAGAAGAGCAUGACGAGCGUCCGGCGAGUCCAGGUGGACCGAAGGGCACGGAGGAGCAGCGUGGGGAAACAGACGAACACAGUCGAGAAGUUACAGAAAUAACUGACUUCACUACGUCUGAAGAUGGAAGCCAAGCGGAGUCCCACAGCGGAGGGAUCCGACCCCAACCGUCCGCUGGCAGCGUCGGCGGAGAGAGAAGAGACGUGCAGUUGAUCCAGGACAUCAAACACACUCUCAGCAAAGACAGGCUGAGCUCGUUGUCAGUGGACCAUGAGACAACGUUUGGCCGCAGUUCAUAUCCGUUGCUGUCUGCUGCGAGGACGGAGAGUUGACUCCUCAGGACAUCGAGGUACGGUGACACUUCAAAAAGGAGAUAGAACUGAAAGCAAUACUGUUCCUUAAUUAUUCUUAAAAACUUCCAGAAACACAAGAGAAAGAAACCCUUUGUGCAAGUGUUCAGACAAUCGGAUGGUAUUGAAAAUUGAAGGUUUCAUGUGACGGUUAAAGUCCCAGUGUGUCAUUUUCUGGCGGCAUCUGGUGGUAAAGUUGCAAACUGCAACCAACUGAGAACCCGACAGGGGACACUUUAUGGUGGAACACCGCUGAUUCCAUUUCAGGUUUAAUUAAUUCAAAG